AUGUCCAGAACAUCGGCACUAACGAAGCCGCCACAACGAGCGCCAUCAUCCAUCGUACGACGAUUGGAGUUUUUUUUCGUAUCUCUGGUUUUUCAUCUUAUUUUUACAUGGUCCAUUUUUGAUGUAUACUUCCAUUCGCCCGUCGUGCACCCGCCAAAUCGAUUUGAUGCGACACAUGCCGUACCAGAUGCACCGUGGGCAUACGAGUCGCCAGCUGAGCGGCUUGUUCUCAUAGUCGCAGACGGUUUACGUGCAGACACUUUAUUUCAGCGGCACAUCACUACAGCGCUGCCUUCAUGGGCGCAGCAAGCCGCUGCAGGCGAUCAGCUCGUGUACAACGGCACAUAUCCGGCCGCAUUUUCUCGGGAUGAAGUGGAUGCAACGAACAUCACACGACCUUUGUACGCAUAUGCUGCGCCCUUCUUGCGCUCUGUGGCGAGGGGUCCCGGAAUCUAUGGUGUAAGUCAUACGCGUGUCCCGACGGAGAGCCGGCCGGGGCAUGUGGCCCUUAUUGCUGGCAUGUACGAGGAUAUGAGUGCUGUGACCAAAGGCUGGAAAAUCAACCCUUUGGCAUUUGACUCGCUCGUGAACCAAUCAUCGUUCACGUAUGCUUAUGGUUCUCCCGAUAUUGUACCCAUGUUUAUGCUAGGAACAUCACAAGAACGUGUUGAAUGGGAAGUGUAUGAUGAAGAGGAAGAAGACUUUACAAAGGACGCAAUCGAGCUCGAUACGUGGGUCCUGCGACGCAUGCAUGAUUUGUUUGAGCGUGGCAAGGCCAACGAAACUGUUGACGCCCAGCUACGCAACCCUAAGACGGUGUUUUUCUUGCAUUUACUUGGCCUUGAUACUACAGGGCACACGUAUCGACCCAUGUCCCCGGAAUACAUCGGCAAUACGAUUGUCGUCGAUGCUAUCGUGCGCGAGAUCGCUCAAUUGUUCAAAGAUUACUUUGCAGAUGACAAGACGGCGUUCCUGGUCACGGCGGAUCACGGGAUGAGUCGAAUCGGGAACCAUGGCGACGGCGAUCCAGAUAACACGCGCACACCUCUCGUUGCAUGGGGCGCUGGCGUCCCUCAUGCGCGUUUCUUGCCCAAUCGCCAGCUGUGGCGUACGUCUUACGAGAGACACUGGGGCCUCGACUAUGUGGCGCGGCGCGAUGUAGAACAGGCGGAUCUUGCGCCACUCAUGGCCGCCUGGCUCGGAGUGCCAGUGCCAGCGAAUGCGGAAGGCCGUCUGCCACUCGACUUACUCGAUGCACCGAUUGAUUAUCGAGCGCGUGCGGCUCUAGCUACGGCGAAGCAGCUGCUGGAAGUGUAUCGUGUCAAGUAUUCAGAGCGUGCGCAGCGUAUGCGUCAUUUCCGCCCGUAUGCACCACUGCAGAGUAAGGAUGACGGUAGCAUGCCUGGUGCAGCUCGCAUCGCUGAUGCUGAGCAAGUCAUCCGCGAUGGCGAGUUUGACGUCGCUAUAGAAGAAAGCGAGACGCUGGCACAUGAUGCUCUGGCUGGUGCAAAGUACUUGCACCAGUAUGACGCGAUGAUCCUCAGCACUAUCGUCGUGCUGGGCUACUUGGGACUCUUGUUGUAUGGACUGACGUUCCUUGCGGAAUAUGCUGAUGAGAAGUCAUUGCAUGCUAUGCCGCAGCUGAAUACCCGGGCCAUGUCAGCGGCCGUUGCGCUGCUCGCUGCAUACUGGAGCAAGUUCUUUUUGGAUCGUGCGCCAUGGAUGUACUUUGUGUAUAGUGGUGCCUGUGGUGCGAUUUGGAUUCUCUUUGCUUCCCGCGUGCACCUGCUGCUCGAUCUGCUCAAGCAGACAUCAUCUGUGUGGACGUACGUGAAGGCGAGUAUCUAUGUGGUGGCCUGCCUCGCGGUUCUGGAAGUCAUGGUGUAUGGUUACAUGCAUCGUCUCACGUGGGCGGCCAUUCUGCUAUUUCUGGGCUUCUUCCUACCAUUUGCAUCGCCCAUGUCAUUCAAGGAGGGUCAUCAAAUCGGCAUCUUUUUGAACGCCCUUUGUUGUGCAGGAACCGGUUGGUUCAUGUCUCUGCCGACCGAAAAAGACGAAAGCAUUCUUCUCCUCACGUGCGGCGGCAUGAUCUUGCUUGCUCUUGGUUUGCUUGUGUAUGCAAUGCCGCGCACGUUCCUCAUGCCGCCAGACUACCUUGGACGUGAUCGACACGCAUACGCAAUGAUGCAUGCACGCACAGUCGAGGAGCUCCAUGUCAUCGCCGCGCAAGAGAAUGAAAAAGAGCCUGGCUUCGAUGCGUUCUGGCCACGCACACGCCAAGCUCUAGGCAUCGAGCUCGUAUGCCUCGUUCUCUCUAUAUGCGUGACUGCUUCAUCGGCACGCUCGCUCGCAGCAAAACAAGGCCUGCCAUGGCUCAAUCAGAUGACUGCUUGGGUCAUCAUACUAGUCUCGAUAUGUGUACCAUUGGUGCAUGGCUUCCAGCGCGCUCGUGGCUCGCUUACACAGCCGGUCCGCGAGCGCUUGGUGCUACUGGUAUUUGGGUUUGCACCGGUGUUUGUUCUGCUGUCUCUGCGUGAUGAGGUGCUUUUUUAUGCAUGCUACACGUUGCUUAUCCUCAUAUGGGGACACAUGGAAGCAGAGCUGGCACGCGACCGGACCGUUCGCAUGCGAAGCAAGACUUGUUCCACGGCUGCCUCGCAAGAGACACUGUGUGUGACGAAGGCCGUGACGCUUCCUGCCGCGCAAUAUGAUCUUGGACGAUUUACGUUUGGGUCUCAUGUACUUUUUCCUGCUGCAUGUUGGCUUCCUUCGGCACAGGCAAUGUCGCAUCAAUCUCCAGUUUCUAUCUGUCACCGGUGUAUCGACUCGUGCCGGUGUUUAGUCCGUUCCUCAUGGCAGCUCUGCUCGUGCUGA